GGAUACAUCCCCAACAACAUCCGCAACCACUUCGUCGCCUUCAUCGGCGAGUUCUUCGGCACUUUCAUGUUCUUCUUCAUGGCCUUUGCCGCCGCGCAGAUUGCCAACUUGGCCGCUUCGCAGUCCAUUGCGGGCGAGAGUGCUGCACAGCAAAAGUUCGCAAUGGGGCACAGCGCGAACAUCGAUACGCUGAUGUACAUUGCUCUUGGCUUUGGAUUCUCCCUUGCUGUGAAUGCGUGGGCCUUUUUCCGAAUCAGUGGAGGCAGGUACCUCUUAUCAUUGCGGCCCAUGGAUGUCACUGACUUGGUUGUAGGUCUCUUUAAUCCCGCCGUCGCAAUGGCCUUGGCCAUCGUUGGGGUCAUAGGUCCUGUCCGAGCCAUCGUAGUCACUAUUGCCGAACUCGUGGGCGGGAUCGCCGCGGCGUAUGCGGUGUCUGGUCUCUUCCCCGGCGCGUUGGAUGUGACGACUCACCUCAACGCCACCACGGGCUCGGCUCGCGGCGUCUUCAUCGAGAUGUUCCUCACCGCUCAGCUGGUCUUUGUCAUCCUCAUGCUCGCGGCGGAGAAGCACAAGGGGACCUUCCUCGCGCCCCUCGGAAUCGGCCUCGCGCUGUUCAUCACCCAGCUGGCCGGCGUCUUCUUCACAGGUGCCUCCUUGAACCCCGCCCGCAGCCUCGGUCCCGCCGUCGUGCUCGACGACUUCCCGGGCUACUUCUGGAUCUACUGGGUCGGGCCCGGCCUCGGCGGAGCCCUGGCAGCUGGCGUCUACCUCUUCUUCAAGCACUUCCGCUUCAACACGGCGAAUCCCGGCGCCGACUUCGACGACCGCGAAGCGGGCAACUUCGUCUUCGACGAAGAGAACGCCUACAACGUGGCGGAUGUGCAGCGGCCGAGCAUUCUGUCAUCCACGGACAAUGAGGCCAGCCGCAGUCGGAGCCCGGGGAGC